AUGCGAGCUACUAUCAGCCCGGCCCGACUGGCUGCGGCUCCUUACACAGCCAGGAGCCCAACUCGAGGGGCAUCGGCUGCAAUCCAUCCUGACCUGGAUGGUGCGGCUCGAGACGAAGAGCUGACCCCUAUCAUCCCUAUGCUGCGUAGCAAGAAUGAAGAUAGCAACCCCGGGCCCAAUAACGCCGGUGAUGUUCCAGACGGACCUGAAAAUCACCGCAGUGUGCCGACACCAGAUGAAACUCCCCCCGGGCCCAAUAACGCCAGUGAUGUUCCAGACGGACCUGAAAAUCACCGCAGUGAGCCGACGCCAGAUGAAACUCCCCCCGGGCCCAAUAACGCCAUUUCAGUUGAACGACUGGCAGAUGAACUGGGCCUAGAUGUCGGUCAGAUUGAGCGGGUCCAACAAGUCGCAGCCCUGUCAGAGGCUGAUCGUGUGCUGGCUAUGCUCAUGUACCUUGAAUCGAUCCGAGCUCAAGUCAAACAAUCUGGUACCUAG